AUGGAUGGGUCGGGGGAUCCGGAGUACGCGCCGGCUAUCGGCAGCAAGGUACAUGAGAGGGAGCUGCGGGACUCCAAGAAGGAGCGGGACCGCAGUCGAAGCCGGCAGAGAGGAGGACGAGACGAAGCCAGAGGCGGUCGUCAUGACAGGGAUCGAGGUAGAGAGCGGGACCGCGAUCGAGAUCGAGAUCGAGAUCGCGAACGGCGGGAUCGGGAUCGCGACAGAGAUCGCGAGCGCGAGCGGUAG